AUGCUCCCCGCAAGGAUAGACACCCAUGCUCAUGUGCUUCCACCGGCUUGGAGGGAAGAAUGCAGCCGACAGGGUUAUUCCGUGCCGGUCUGGACCGCAGAAGAUCAUAUCCGAUUGAUGGACGAACUGAACAUCUCGAGAUCCAUCCUCAGCAUCACGGCACCAGGCACGCAUAUUACGCCUGGGGACGAUGCACAUGCUCGCAAGAUCACUAGAGAAGCCAAUGAAUAUGUGGCAUCCGUGGUCCAAGCCCAUCCGUCGCGGUUCGGAUUCUUUGCCUCGCUGCCACUCCCGGACGCCGACGGAUCGUUGGAAGAGAUCGAAUACGUCUCGCAGAAUCUCCAUCCCGUGGGCUUCUGUCUGGUGGCCAACAACCACGGCAUAUAUCUGGGGGAUUCGAAGUUCGAUCGUGUCUUCGACAAGCUGAAUGCAAUCUCCGCCAAGGUCUUCAUCCACCCGACGAACUGCCGGGUAUCUCACACCAACGGGGAGUUCCACAAGCAUGGCGAGUCUGAGUUGAUCCCGCGUCUUCCUGGCGCCGUGCUCGAGUACUUUUUCGAGACGGCACGCGCGGUGACGAACCUACUGCUCUCGGGCACGGUGACCCGAUGUCCAAAUACCACCUUCAUUAUCCCACACUGCGGCUCAGUCUUGCCGUCCAUCCUAGAGCGGGUAACUGGCUUCUCCACGCAAUGCCUGGGACUGCAGGGUAUCCCCACCUCGGACGCAGUCAUAGACUUGUUCCACAAGCAAUUCUAUUUUGACCUCGCGGGCUAUGUGCUGCCCGAUCAGCUUCCAGCAAUGCUUCGACUUACUUCCGCCGAUAAAUUGCUCUAUGGUAGUGACCUCCCAUUUCCUCCCGUCUCCGUGGUGAGAACACUGGCAGAGAGCCUAGAUGAAUAUUUGAAAGAGAACGUGGAAGAAAAGGUCAUUGCCCAAAUCUAUAAUGGGAAUGCGGCCAAUCUGUUUGGAGAACAGGCUCAGGCUUCCAGAUCCGUCUAG